ACUGGCAGCCCCGCCCUCCUGAGCAGACCUCCACACCCAGGGCUCUGGUAGACAGCGCACCACUCUGGGACAGGCCUCUGCCUGACGCUAUAGCCGGUGGGUGCUGAGAGAUUAGAUCCCUUUCUGCUGGACCCCUCCCUUCUACACACUCCUGAAGACCCCCCAGAAGGAGGCCCUGGGCCCCCCUGAGAAUCCACACCCAGGAAGGCAACUGUGCCAUGACAGCAAUAAAGGCCAAGAAAGAGAAACUUGAGGACCACUGACAGCUCAGAUUCUGUCUAGGAGCUGCUGCUGCUAGCUUCUACCACACGCCCUCCUCACACAGAUUUCCUGGGUGACCUGCUCCCUGUGUGGAAUCAUGGUUGUACAGAACAGCACAGACUCCAGGGACCCUAGGGUGGGUGUGCAGCUGGAGCCCUUCCUGCACCAGGUCGGGGGACACAUGAGCGUGAUGAGGUACGACGAGCACACCGUGUGCAAGCCCCUCGUCUCCCGAGAGCAGAGGUUCUACGAAUCCCUGCCGCUGGCUAUGAAGCGCUUCACCCCACAGUACAAAGGCACUGUCACAGUGCACCUCUGGAAAGACAGCCAGGGACAUCUCAGCCUGGUUGCCAACCCACUGAAGGAGAAUCAGGAGCCCUUCAAGGUCUCCGCGGAGUCGGCAGCAGUGGCCAUCUGGCAGACACUCCAGCAGACCACCAGUGGCAGUGGCAGUGGCAGCGCCUGCGUCCUCACCCAGCUGGCAUGCUCACCCAAGGAGAGCCGCAGCCCAGCGAAGGCACUCCUGAGGCCCCAGUCCCACCUCAACACUCAAGUCUCCUUGCUGGUGGAAGAAGACGUUAACGGGAACCAGGUGGAGAAGAAGAGCUUUAACCCAUGGGGCCUGCACUGCCACCAGGCCCACCUGACCCGCCUGUGCUCCGAGUUCCCCGAAAACAAGCGGCACCGAUUCCUGUUGCUGGAAAAUGUAGUGUCACAGUACACGCAUCCCUGUAUCCUGGACCUGAAGAUGGGGACCCGGCAGCACGGGGACGAUGCGUCCGAGGAGAAGAAGGCCCGCCACAUGAAGAAGUGUGCACAAAGCACCUCGGCCCGCCUGGGCGUGCGCAUCUGCGGCAUGCAGGUUUAUCAAACGGAUAAGAAGCACUUUCUCUGCAAAGAUAAGUACUAUGGAAGAAAACUCUCAGUGGAGGGGUUCAGACAAGCCCUCUAUCAGUUCCUGCACGAUGGAACCCGCCUCCGCGUGGAGCUCCUGGGGCCCAUCCUGCGCCAGCUGCAGGCCCUCCUCUCCGUCAUUAGGAGCCAAAGUUCAUACCGGUUCUACUCCAGCUCUCUCCUCAUCAUCUAUGAUGGGCAGGAGCCAGCAGAAAGAACAUCAGGCAGCCUGCAUCUCCAGGAGGCUCCCCAGGUGACCCACAGCAGCUCUCCCAGGGGUCUCGCCAAGGUGGACAUCCGCAUGAUUGACUUUGCUCACACAACAUACAAGGGCUCCUGGAAUGAGCACACCACCUAUGAUGGACCAGACCCUGGCUACAUUUUUGGCCUGGAAAACCUCAUCGGGAUCCUGCAGGAUAUCCACGAGGGACAAUGAAAUUUCUUGGGCUUAUCUGGAGUUUUCUGGGCUACGGAUCUCAAAAAGGGACCUAUUGGUAACUAGGAUAGUCUAGACACUCUUGUAUGUCUUUGUAAUAGUCAUAUCUACCCUCAAAAGCCAUCCCACACAUAGCAGGCUGGCUAUAUUACAGCUGUUAAAGAAAUCAGCUCUGGCAUCCUGCUCUAAUGCUGACCCUCGCAGAUUGGACAGUGAGGAUAAAGUGGCACCAGUUUGGAGUACACUGGAGGGGGCAGCAUGAGUUGCAGGCAGCAUGGCAGUGCGAUUCUGAGUAUCUGCUUCUAAAAAUGCUCUCUUGUCGUCAUGCUGCACUCUUUGCAAGCCGUGAGGCAAAAAACCUUACUUGAAGUAGCCUUGAAGAGUGAGUUCAUAAGUUCAUGGUUUUUCUCCUUGUAUGCGCUGCCUGCUCCAAGGGCAGACAGAGCCUCUUACCUUCCUAAGAGGAGUUCUAAAUGGGGCAGGAUGAAGUGGAACAGAUUUGCCCCAUCUCACCUUCCUGUACCCAGGUUCUAAGUGGACAAGGACAAGCCCAGGCGUGAGCACAGGUGAAGCAAGACCCCAGGUCCUCCAUGUGUGCCUACGGAGAUGAGGGUCUCUUUACAGACUUCUGAAUACCUAUUGAUAGUGAUGAUUCUGCCACAUUCUGACCAUGAAAUGCAGCUUCCAGUGGGGGUGGGAUGCAUGUGAGGAGGAGCCACUGAUGUUAAACUACACUCUCCGCUUUCUAUUUAUUUAUAAAUAAAAAAUACUUGGGGUGGGUGAGGGGAGUCAGAAGAAGCUGGAGGACUGAGGAAACCAGGGGCUAUGUUUACAAGACUGGUGGACAAGUGUAAAUACGGAGCAAGAACAAACAGUGCUAAUUAAUUCCUUCUUCUGCAGUAUGGAAACCUAUUACAAUGCCCUUGAGUCAAGCACUGAGAUACGUUACCCAAUUAGGGAAAUAAAUUUGUUAAUAAAAUUGCUGAGGUCACCAGUGA